AUGUCCCCUACAUCAGAACCAAAAUAUACCCUCCACCCCGCGCACCCCUCCCACUCCCCCACCCUAGCAGAAACAAUGAUCCUCUCUCGCCUCACAGACCCGCACUGGGCCUUCCUCUUCUUGCCCUCCACCACCCCUGCAACUAUCAUCUCCUCCACUACUUCUCGUCUUCCUCAUACGCUGAGUACAUCUCGGGAUGUCAGACGACAUGAAGUCGUCCUUACCACCACCGCUGACAUACAAUCCACCCCCGGAAACGAGAAUGAGGACCAUGAUGGUAGAGAGAGGGUAGUAGUCGGCUACGCGCGCUGGACUCUCCCUCCUUCCCUGGCGAAUCGAGACGACGUAUGGCUGUCCGCACAAGUCGCCGAGCCUUCGGCUCAGGAGAAGGAAGAAUAUAGACGGAUGUUUGAUCUUGGAAGUGAUGAAAAGGGAAGAGUGAAGGGGAUGAAGAGCGAUGGGUUAUUGGAAUUUAGGGGUGAUCCGUUGGAGAAGGUUGAGGAGCGGGUGUUGAGGGAUGUUGUGGGGGGUGAGGAGGUGCUGACGCUGGAAUACCUCACCACCCAUCCUGACUACUGGAGACAAGGGGUGGGAAGUAUGCUCGUGCAGAGCGGAGUACGUGUUGCGGAUCAGUAUGGGAUGAAGACGUAUGUUAUGUCUGAGCCGGCAGGGUUAAAAGUGUAUUUGAAUCAUGGGUUUGAGGUUGUGGAUGAGAUUACUGUGGAGCCGUUGGUGAUCAUUUGUUGUGCCGUGUGCUGA